AACGACGGGCAGGACUUGGAUGGCUGGUUUUCCAGAGGCCCACGCUCCAACCGAGUCACCACGCACCCCAAACUCAACCUGACCAAGCAGGCUUUGCCCUGGAAUGAGCAGUACAAAGGGAAGGCAAACCUCCACGUCUUCGAAGACUGGUGUGGAGGGGCUGUGAGGCAUCUGAGGAAGAACCUCCAUUUUCCACUCUUUCCCCAUACCCGCACCACGGUGAAGAAGCUGGCUGUGUCACCCAAGUGGAAGAACUAUGGGCUGAGGAUUUUUGGCUACAUUCACCCCUUCAAGGAUGGAGAUUUCCAGUUUUCCGUGGCAUCGGAUGACAAUUCGGAGUUCUGGCUCAGCUCUGACGAGAGUCCAUCCAACUCCCGGCUGGCUGCGUUCGUGGGCAAGCUGGGCACCGAAUGGACGGCGCCUGGAGAGUUCACCAAAUUCAGCUCACAAGUCUCCAAGCCUCUACGCCUCAUGUCCUCCAGGCGCUACUACUUUGAGCUGCUCCACAAGCAAGACGACCGCGGUUCAGACCACGUGGAAGUUGGCUGGCGAGUUUUCCUCCCCAGCUUGAAGUUCGAAGUGAUCGACUCCUCCUACAUCUCCCUGUACACAGAUGAAUCGUCCCUGAAGAUGAACCACGUGGAGCACAUCCCACAGACCUUGGCCAGCCACAGCAGGAGCUACCUCUGGGAGGCCCAGCAAGAUGAGCACGGGGCUGACAUGCUGAAGGCUGACCCCAGGGACACCUUCUUCCUCACCCCUGCGAUCGAGGCCUCCCGCGUGGAGAACGUGCUGGUGCCCUGUGCCUACAGCCCCACCUAUGUGGUGAAGGACUUCCCCAUCGCCCGUUACCAGGGCCUGCAAUUUGUCUACCUCUCGUUCGUGUACCCCAACGACUUCACGCGCCUCACUCACAUGGAGACGGAGAACAAGUGCUUCUACAGGGAGUCCCCCCUCUACCUGGAGAAGUUCGGUUUUUAUAAGUACAUGAAGAUGGAUGAGGAGGAGGAGGAUCCACGCCAGCGAGCGUUUCUCUUCCUCAACACAGACAAUUUCUUAGAGGAUGAGGAGGAGGAGGAAGAGGAGGAAGGAGUGGACAGCCCUGAGCCCACAGACCCACCUCCCGCAGGCAAGGAGAAGAGCUUUGGGCCAGUACCUUUGGGGCCCCCCCCAGUCACUGGGGAUUACGGAGAUGACCUGGACUAUUACAGCUUUCACCGCAAGCCGGGGCAGGCCCAGGACGAGGCAGGCACGCCGAGGCAGCUGGGAAGAUGGAGCACGUCCCACCAGGCCAGCACCAGCCCAGCAACCGUCCCCGAGGAGGACACUGGCCCCGCGCUGGAUCAGGUCCGUGGGAGGGUGCUCAGUUGGUUACCCCAGGAUCCUGGCAAAGGCGAGGAGGAUGAGCUCGGGCUGCUGGCGUCUUCAAAGCACGCUGGGGUUCUGAAUCUUCAGCCGCACCUCUCUGUUCCCAUCUUUGGUGGCAAAGCUAAAGCACCAGGUCCCACCAAACCUGCAGCACCCAGGGAGGACAAAAAGCCCCAGAAGGCCCAGGAGAAGGUCUACGUGACCAGGCUGCAGCCAGGGAAGCGCAAAGCCCCGGCCCAGAAGCCAGCCUUCCCUGGCAUCUUCCUUUACCCAAAGCCUAUGAAGAAAGUCCAUCUUCGCUCCAGGACCCCUCAGAAGCAUCCUAUCACCUCCAGCAAGCUCCGCUCCGUCCCUCGCCGCCGGACCCCCUGGCUCCUCAACAACAUCUCCAAGGAGAAGGAUGCUGCCAGGCGGAAGGGUGCCCGUACGGGUGGCAGGAGGACAGUAGCCACCACUGACUACAACUCCUCUGAGGUGACCCGAGUGACAUCCUUUCUGAAGAUGUCAGAAACGACGGCGUCCCAUCAGGAGGAGGGCAAGGGCCAGGAGGAAGAGGAAGAGGAGAAAGAAGAGGUGUCGGACUACAGCUAUGAGACCGGGGAGCUGCAGCAGAGCUGGCUGGAGGACUCCAUCAACUGGCAGAGAACGUUCAGCGUCAGCUCGGUGGACUUCGAGCUCCUGCGCUCCGACUGGAACGACCUGCGCUGCAACGUGUCGGGCAACCUGCAGCUGAGCGAGAGCGAAGUCGUUGACGUGGUGGCGCAGUACAUGGAGAAGCUCAACAAGAAGAAUGGAGGCAUCUACACCCUCCUGAGGAUCGUCAACGUGGAGAAGCGUCGGGACACGGCCCGGGGAAACCGCUACCUGCUGGAGCUGGAGCUGGCGGAGCGAGGCCAGCGGACUGUGCGGCUCUCCGAGUACGUCUAUGUCCUCUUGCACCAGGGCAAGCAGGACGACAGUGCUGAGGCCAACCCUGAAGGGCCAGUUCUGGGGGCCACCGAGCCCCAGCCGAGCACCUGGAGCAUCCUCUAUGGAAAACCCGUACUGUGCCGGCCCCUGCGGCUCAGCUGGAAGCAGGACGUCAUGGUACACUUCGUGGUACCUGUGAAGAACCAAGCCCGCUGGGUCCAGCAGUUCAUCUCAGACAUGGCUGACCUGUACGGGGCUACGAAGGACACCAACUUCAACGUCAUCUUGGUGGACUUUGACAGCGACGACAUGGAUGUCGAGAAAGCCCUACGGGAUGCCCGACUGCCCCGCUACCAGUACCUGCGGCGCACAGGGAACUUUGAGCGCUCGGCCGGGCUGCAGGCUGGUGUGGACAUGGUCGAGGACGGGCACAGCAUCGUCUUCCUCUGCGACCUGCACAUCCAUUUUCCCCCCAAUAUCCUGGACAGCAUCCGGAAGCACUGCGUGGAGGGGAAGCUGGCCUAUGCACCCAUCGUCAUGAGGCUGAGCUGCGGCAGCUCCCCACGGGAGCCCAACGGCUACUGGGAGGUGAACGGCUUCGGCCUCUUCGGCAUCUAUAAAUCGGACUUCGACCGCGUGGGAGGGAUGAACACAGAGGAGUUCAGAGACCGCUGGGGCGGGGAGGACUGGGAGCUGCUGGACAGGUGA